UUUUAAAGUUGACCACCUAAUGCACCAAAUAUAUAAACUACUUCAACUAAUAUCCUAUCAACAACAAAAACACUUAUUUAUUUCCAUUACUUGGCCAUUUUUUAAUAUUUUUUCAUUUUUUAUAUUUUCCCUAAAAAUUACACUAACAUCAUCAGCCACCUUAACCGAACCCCUUUCGGUAGUAAAACAAGGCCUUUUAUUAUCAGAAAUGGCCUCAGCAUCAUCAGCUAUAGCUGAUAAUAAAAAUGUUUUUUAUGUAGACACCUCUAUACCGCCAAUUUUGGACGACGGGCCCUUUCGGUUUUGGCAUGAAAAAAGAAUGAUAAGGUGA